AUGAAAGAUGAGGAGAAACUCAGAACGUCAAUUAGUGCAGAAAAGCAGCGUUCAAACGGGCUAAUAAGGAACAUUUGUCGAGGAAUUAUAACACUCGUAGGAAUCUGCUGGAUCGCCAUAGGACUUGGAUUGUCUCCCGUCUCAAAUGGAAGUCUUUCCCAUGGAAAGAGUGGAACUUUAGGAGUUGCUUCACCCAUUGAAAAUGCUUAUCUGGGCGCUUUAAACACGAAUUUGGCAGGUAAUUGGUCGGAGAAGUAUACUUCGAUCCCGCAUUUGGCAGGUCAGGGACUCGAAUUGGUGGGCUGGACGGCUGAGAAAUUCAAAGAAUACGGCCUCUCGACUAAAAUUGAAAAGUUUGAUAUUUACCUGAACUAUCCUGUGGAAAACGGACUAGCUUUGCUGGAAAGAGGCAGAAAUGGCACCUCCGUAGCCUACAGAGCUACCUUGCAAGAAGACUCCCUUCCUGAAGAUCCUACGACAAGUGGAGACGACCUAGUUCCUGCUUUUCACGGAUACAGUGCGUCGGGAAAUGUUACUGCAAAUUACGUAUAUGUCAACUACGGCACAAGGGAAGACUUUGAGCUUUUGAAAAGCCAUGACAUUGACUUCAAAGACAAAAUAGCCAUUGCAAGGUACGGUAAAAUCUUUAGAGGGUUGAAGGUGAAAUUUGCACAAGAGGCCGGGUGUGUUGGAGUUCUAAUCUACUCCGAUCCUGGUGACGAUUAUUAUCAGGAAGCCAAUGGUGACAAGCCAUACCCCCAGGGUCCUGCAAGAAAUCCUUCUUCUUUGCAAAGAGGCUCGGUUCAGUUUUUGAGUGAAGCUCCAGGGGACCCUACAACGCCAGGUUAUCCAUCGCAGGGUGACGUUGAGCGGACAGACCCCAAGGGGCGCAUUCCCGAUAUCCCAAGCUUGCCCAUCUCUCAUAAGGAAGUGACACCUAUUUUGCAGAAGCUGAACGGCCACGGACUCAAUGGGCCCAAAAUUGGCGGAGACAGAUGGAAGGGAGGAAUUGCUGGGUUCGACUAUUGGACUGGACCCGCACCCGAGUACACGUUGAACCUAUACAACAAUCAAUCUUAUGAUAUUCGUCCAAUUUUCAACGUCUACGGGAAUAUAACUGGAAGCGACCCCGAAGAGGGAUACAUCUUGAUUGGCAAUCAUCGGGAUGCGUGGAUCAAAGGCGGUGCAUCUGAUCCAAACAGUGGAUCGGCCGCAUUGCUGGAAGUUAUUCGCGGUUUCCAUGAACUGCAGCUGACCGGGUGGAAACCUCGCAAAACGAUUGUGUUUGCAUCCUGGGACGGCGAAGAAUAUGCCUUAUUAGGAUCCACAGAAUUUGGUGAGAAGUAUGCCAAAGAUUUGCAGUCGAACUGUCUGGCGUAUCUAAACGUUGACGUUGCAGCCUCGGGGAAAGUUCUCGGGAUUCAAGCCUCGCCCUUUCUGAACAAAGUUUUGAAUGAAUCUCUACACUUGGUAGACUAUCCUCUUGGAGGUUCGCUUCACGAGCAUUUUUUUGAGAAAAACGACAAAUUCGGGAUCUUGGGCAGCGGAUCGGAUUACACGGUGUUCUUGGAGCAUCUUGGUAUUCCUUCUGUGGAUUCGGGGUUCGACACGGGUCCUAAGGAUCCCGUUUACCAUUAUCACUCGAAUUAUGACUCCUACCAUUGGAUGUCCACCAUGGCGGAUCCUGGAUUCAAAUUCCAUAACGCCUUGGCCAAAUAUUUCGGAUUGAUUGCACUCAAGCUCACUGAGCGUAAAGUGACACCAGCGGAAAUUUCGACAUAUGCCACAGAGAUGGAACUUUACUUCAAAACGCUAGUCGAGAGAGUUCCAGCAGAGUGGCUGGACAUCCCAUCUGGAAAAUGUCACCGCACAGUUUCGGACGUGAUUGCCUCCUUGGAAGAUCAUCUCGCUACAUUUGUUCAAAACGCCGGUGUUUUUGAUCAGCGCACAGAGGCUUUGCAAUCCAAAUGGGAUGCGUCUGAAGGUCUUCCAUUCUGGAGACGGAUCUUGCUGCACUACAAAAUCAAGGGCUUCAACUACAAGCUGAGAUACUUUGAAAGAACGUUUCUUCACAAUAAAGGCCUUGACGGAAGACCUUGGUUUAAACAUGUGGUGUACGCUGCUGGCAGGGACACCGGAUACCAAGGCUUUGCUUUCCCGGGUAUAAAAGAAGCACUAGACGAUAACGAUGUUGUUGCGUUCGUGAAAUGGAUAAAGAUCAUCCGCGGAACGUUGAAGAGUUUGAACAAAAACUAUGCUUGA